AUGCAGACACAGACCUGCGCUCUGCUACGAGGUGACUUUGAUACCUUCCACCUCCCCGAACCUGAUGGAGCCUCCGUCAGCAUACGCAGCACAGGGUCUCAGUGGGGGAUCCUUAUUCAGCAUGGUAUGGAUUGGGAGCUGGGAGAGUACCUGCUCCAGUGUCGCAUGGUUGGAUCGCUGCUGAUGAUGGGAGACUGGUUUAUUUACGGAUCCACUCGGGACUGUAACCGAGAGCUGCAGUGUGCUGUAAGAAUAUGCCAGGAUCUCAUGAUGAAUGCCAACAGUACAGACCCUGGCUUGUAUCUCGCCCCAAGUGUAGCCGAAGCAGCCAUUUACUCCGAGAUCAGCUCCUGGACCGAGGUCCCCGGUAGAGAUGGCAAUAUCUCCUCCGCUCUCCUGCACUCAUUUCCCAACCUGACUGCCCUGGCACUGGGGAAUGGGAGCAGUAGCAAAGCACCGGGCCAGCAGUAUGACCCUCUUGGGGGUCACACCAUCUGGCAGGUCAUUCUCAUCGUGUUCUUCACUGGCCUGCUCUCUCUAAUCACCAUCAUCGGAAACAUCCUCGUCCUUGUGUCCUUUAAGGUCAACCGUCAGCUCAAGACUGUGAACAACUACUUCCUGCUGAGCCUGGCUUUUGCAGACCUCAUCAUAGGGGUGAUAUCGAUGAAUUUGUACACCACCUACAUCGUCAUGGGCCACUGGGUCAUGGGGAACUGGGCAUGUGACUUGUGGCUGGCCAUUGACUACGUAGCCAGCAACGCGUCUGUCAUGAACCUACUGGUCAUAAGCUUUGACCGCUACUUUUCCAUCACCAGGCCACUGACUUACCGGGCCAAGAGAACCACCAAACGAGCAGCUAUUAUGAUUGCUCUGGCUUGGUUAGUGUCCCUGGUACUCUGGGCCCCUGCCAUACUGUUCUGGCAGUACUUUGUCGGGGAACGGACAGUUCCUGCAGAUAAGUGCUACAUACAGUUCCUGACAGAACCGAUUAUAACCUUCUGCACUGCCAUGGCGGCUUUCUACCUGCCAGUGACAAUCAUGAGCAUUCUGUACUGGAGGAUUUAUAAAGAGACAGAGAAUCGAUCCCGGGAGCUGGCUGGGCUCCAGGGUUCAGGGGGGAGGCGUGGUAGCGAGAGGUCGCACUUCCACCUCCACUCCACCGGGGGGAGCGCCAGGAGUUGCAGCAGCUUUGAACUGAGCCGGCCGAUGCAGAGACGCGGCUCCAUGCUGGGACUCUCUGGGCGCUUCCACUGCUGGUCGUGGAGGCCUGGCCGCUGGGCCAGAGGCCGAGGCGAGGGCGAGCAGGACCACAGCAGCAGCGAUAGCUGGAACAACAACGACGCUGGGAUCUCCGCUGACCACUCGGGCUCGUCUGACGAGGACGACAGCAGUGUGCCCGCUACACGUGCCAUCUUCUCCAUUGUGCUGAACUUGCCAGGCAUGAGGGCCGCUGUCAACUCACAGGUCACCUCCUGUGAGGACUUUGACGAGGCGUCAGAGGAAGAUCCACUUCGGAUUGGAGAAGAAGAUGCCACAGAGAUGGACAGCGUCUCUCAGUCAGUCAACAACGGCAGCGGCAGGGGCAGCAACAGCUUCCAGAGCUUCUCCACCAAGAUGGGCAAAGUCCAGUCUAUGCCUGCCAUACAGUCUUCAUCCGCAGACUCAGAUCCCACUGCCACAGCCAACACCAGCACCACCAAAUCACCCUCUGUGCCCAUCUCUUUUAAAGAGGCAGCUCUGGCACGACGCUUUGCCGUGCGAGCACGUACUCAGAUCACCAAGCGCAAGCGCAUGUCUCUGGUAAAGGAAAAGAAAGCAGCGCAGACACUGAGCGCCAUUUUGUUGGCCUUCAUAGUCACAUGGACACCCUACAAUAUCAUGGUUUUGGUGAACACCUUCUGUAAAGAAUGCAUUCCACCAUCCCUGUGGGACAUAGGCUACUGGCUGUGCUAUGUAAACAGCACCAUUAACCCAAUGUGCUACGCCCUCUGCAACAAGACCUUCCGCACCACCUUUAAAAUGAUCCUGAUGUGUCGCUGGGAUAAGCGAAGGCGAGAAGGAAAACAGCCACUACAGCAGAAACAGACCGUCAGAUUCCACAGAAGGUUACCCAGGGACUCCGCAUAGAACAUACAUACAACAGCUGCUCUGCAGGAUUAGGCUGAAUGUGGAUUAAAAAACUGUAUAUUUGCGAGUUUGAGGCUGUGGCCUUAAUGGAUGAACGGAAAAAAUAUUUUUGGACUCUGUGACCUGUUCUCCUUUGUCGUGUAACUUUGAGGCCAGGAACUACUUCACUGUACUGUUGCUCAACGGAAAUACCAAGAGAACAAGAAAGGGCUUUUGACAUUGUAGAGGAAAAUCUGCUUGCUGUCUCUACCUGAAAGGAUUACCAGAUUUCACUUUGAUGGGGAUUAUUUUUGUUUCAUCAAAUUUUCAGCCAAGUCUCCUGGAGGUGUUGCUUUUUACGUCAAGCUCAUAAAAUAUUGGUUUGAGUCGAAUUAGAUUUACUGAUCCGAAGGCUAGACAUUAAUACCACUGAGCAUAAAAGUCACAAACUCUUUUUAGGCUCAUGUUGAAUGGCUAGAUGAAGCCAUAACACUUCCCCAUACGUUUAAAGUUUUGUUUUAGGGAAAACUACAAGGAACAUUGUGAAUUGUCACUAUCAGUCUUUGUGGACAGAUUUAAAAAAUACUUAAACAUUUGAUGGGUAAAUAUAAUGUGUUCUGUGCAUCUCAAGCCAUGUUAGAGCAGUUUAUGUAUUUCUGUUGGUUUGGAUAAAUCUUUGAAUUUUGACUGUACUCUGAUUGUACAAGCUGCUCUGGUGUUCUCUGUGUUUAGCUGUUUACAUGGUUUGAGGCAAAUACGUCAAGUAUUUUCAGUGACUGUUUAUGUAUCAGAAAUUUGUGUUGAUAUUGCUGGUAUUUGUACAUUUUGGGUGAUUUGUAUUUGAUAACUUGUAUAGAUUAUACAUUGACUAUGAAGUGUACUCCCUUGUUUGGGAACUAAGUGUUUUAAACAUAAUAUUGAUGACCUUGCAAUGUUUUUAUUAUUGGACAUAUUCAAUCAAAUUUAUGCCACACGUCAGCCAAACAUUAUAUUAAAUAUUUUAUUAGAAAGGUACUUGUAGCUAGCUGCCUUGACAAAAUCCCACCAUAUUCAAAAAUGGAUACCCAAGACAUUAUUUUUAUGUUUUCAUUUUACCAUGCUUUAAAGCACACCAUAUAAUUAUUGAAUUAAAAAUUGUGUAGAAUGUAAUUAUAGAUCUUGCCAGCCUGUGAGAAAUCUAAUAACUGCUCUGAAAAACUCCCAUGGCACGUAUUUUCUGCAAUGUGCAUUAUUUUGACAAGGACCAGUUAAAUGGAUAGUGCAUGCCAUCUACAUUAACCCUAGAUGACAUUAGUUCAUUUCCUUGCAUAGUUAAUUAUAUAUGUAUCUAUAUAUCAUUCCAAAAUGCAUCUUGAUACCCACCCAAAGUAGAAUUAAUUUUGCUUGGUUCGAUUGACAAAGGAAUAUCUCGGUACUAUUCAACUCAUCAAACCAGUGUUUCUAAAGAGUAACAGUGCCCUCUGCUGGGCAGAAAUGUCCCUGCAUUUCAGUAUGCCAUUUUCAUGGUUUCACAGUCAUCACUGAGGCAAGAGGAAAAGACUUUGGAAAUGAAGUAGUCCAUGCCUUAGUCAUUUUGAGACAUUUGAUUCAGCCUUACUUAGUGGAAGAGUGAAUGCCUUAGAAUCGAAGUCAACAGCUCUUGUGAAUGUCAAUUACAUUGUACAGAUGAGGCAGCACAUUCAUACCAAAGUGUUCAGUAUUUACAUUACAUUACAUUUUAGCCAAAGCGACUAACAACAUGGUAAAAGUAUUUGAGUACAUGUGUUUUGCCCAAGGUGACUUUAUUACUUGAUUCAACCAAUAGUUUUCAUUGAUUGAUUACAAAUGUAGAUACUUCAUUUCUUAUCAUUUCAUUGUCCACUCAGUGGCUCCACAAGCAAUUAACUUUUCAGACAGCGAAAGACCAGACUGAUCCAACACCUGUUAAGACAUGGAAUAUAACUGGUUUAUGUUGUUGAUGUGUGGUCCAAUUCAUGUUUAUUAUGGGACUGAUGUGCAUUUAUCAACAAAUAUUUCUGAAUGUUUACAGAAUAUCAUUUUGUGACAGUUUGUGAAGUGUACUGAAAUGCAGUUCCAAUGCUAAGCAUUUCUAUCCAGCAGUCUUUCCUUUUUGAAAAUAAAUGUCACAGUUUUAA